AGAGAGUUCCGAAGCAGGGAACACUCCAAAAAUUUUGUUUCACCAUGCCGAGCGGGCUCAGCAAGAUGGUGCCACGCCAGGCUCCCGCGCUUCUCCUCCUUGCUCACUCGAAGACCAGCACUCCCCUGCCUCCUCUCAUCCCAGGAGGUCGAGCUCGGACCUAGCACUGUUCGCGACUGCAUCUCAUCUCCCACAGGCGAGAACUCCGGAUCACCGAUCUCCAGCUUCUGCCCGCAGCACGGAGGACCUCUGAUCGGUGAGGAAAAGUGCUUCUCCUCUUGCUCCGGACCUCUCGGCAUCCACGCCAUCUGCUUCCCCGUUCUCCAGCCCGGCCAAGCAGAGAGCAAGGCUGCUGCCUGCUACAGCUGCUGGGGAUACAGGUGACACUAAAUGGGGAGAUGUCCUGAUUCCUCUCCCAGCUGGCUCACCCCUCACCUAAAGCUGCUGAAGAUCUCAGUGCCUUAUGCUCUGAAUUGCGCACCCACAUGUUGGCCUCCUAUGAGAAGGCUCAUCGGAAGACCCAGGCUCGUUAUUACUCACAGGAUCAUAAGGAAGUGGAAGCAUUCGGUUCUGCAGAGAGAAGCAACAAUCUGGAGAAAUCUCUGCUCUGUUCCGGAGAUCUCAGAAUGUCUGCAUCAGGAUUCUUACUUCUGCUCAUAUCUGCCAUGAUCGGAUGUGCAGCUCCACAGAUGGACGAGGAUUUCAAGAAAGAGCUUGAGAAAAUAAGAAGUCACAUUCCACCUGGCAAGAUAGUAAAGUAUUCCUGCCACAAAGAAUACACCGCUGAUCAAAAACCACACGUGAAAUGCAAAUGGUGGUUUGCUGAUCAAGAAACUGCUAAAGUUUGUGGUCACCCACCGGCAAUCCUAUUCGGAGAGACUGUGGGGGAGCUAAAGAAAAACUAUCAGCCUGGUGAAACUAUGGAAUAUAAAUGCCCGAAUGACUAUGUUCUUAAAGGAAACAAGGUUAUUAAGUGUGUGGAAAAUGUUUGGGAAGAAGCACCCAGUUGUCUAGGACCGUGUACUACAGAUGAAAAGGAUAUGGAUGAAAAUAAUGUAGAGCUAAAGUGGAAGAAGGAUAAAGAAAUUAAGAGUGCAUUUGGUGAAACCGUGGAAUUUUCUUGUAAAAUGGGAUACGACGUUCCUCCUGGCACCCAGAUGAGAGUUGUUUGUGAUAAUAACAAGCUGAACAUUCCUAAAUGCAUCAAAGCAAAGCAAUGUGUUACAACCGAAAAAGACAUGAAGACAAAUAAUAUACGGCUAAGAUGGAAAAAUGAUAAAUUGAUUACCAGUGAACAUGGACAAACCACAGAAUUUAUGUGUCAACCUGGAUAUAAAGCUCCUCCUAACACUAAUAUGAGAAUUGUCUGUAAUCAAGGAAACAUGGAUUAUCCAAAAUGUGUCAAAGCGAAGUAAACCUCAAUGAGAGCCUGACGGCCCGUGACACAUCAGCAAACCAGAAAAAUACAUAAAAGAGAUGACUACAAUUACAAAUUAGGAAAAACCAAUGUUAUUCACAUAUAGUUCUAAAUAUAUUACUAUUGUAAUGAUAGAAAAAAUUAUCAAUAUUGCUUUUGCUAAUCAUACAGUAUAAUAUAUCUGCAUACAUCUAAUAUAUUGUACAGUGAUCCCUCAACAUACGAUGGUAAUUUGUUCCAAAUGAACCAUCGUUACUUGAAUCCAUCGUAUGUUGAGGGAUCCGUGCAAUAAUAAUAUAGAAAGUUCUACUCAUGUUUCCCCGCCGCUCCGGACCGUCACCGCUGCCCUGGAUCGUCGCUCUCCAUUGCCUCCAUCACGUCCCAGGGGUGUCCCCGCCGCUCCGGACCAUCACCACUGCCCUGGAUUGUCGCUCUCCAUCGCCGCCAUCACGUCCCAGGGGUGUCCCCGCCACUCCGGACCAUCACCACUGUCCUGGAUUGUCGCUCUCCAUCGCUGUCAUUUCGUCUCUGCGCAUGCCGCUCCUAUUGGAUGAUGGGACAGCGUGCGCCGCGACGUGAUGACAAUGAAGGAGAGCGACGGCCAUGCAGCGGAGCCCGAAGCGGACGGUCCGGAACGUCGGGACAGAUGAGUGACACUCACCGGACCACACAGGGCACAUUAAACCUUUAACCGGCAGCAGCUGAAGCAGUCUGUGCUGCCGGAUAGACGUUUAUGCGAUGGCCCCGACAUACAAAAGCAUUGUAUGUUGAUGCUGCCUUCAACAUGCGAUGGCCUCUGAUAGACCAUCGUAUGUUAAAAUGAUCGUAUGUCGGGGCCAUCAUAGGUCGGGGGAUUAAUAUGCUCUCCUGGUAUAUUGAGUUUAUCACAUAAACCUUACUAGAUGUUCCAGACUAAAUUUAGUUGUUUUGUCCAAUGAUGUACCCUGGAACUGGUGAAGGUUUGUGAUGGUUCCAUGCUGAUAUUUUCUAGGUAGACUUAUUGCUUUAGACAAGAUAAUGCAUGCAAAGCUGAUUAUAUGUUAUUCAUGCAAAAUUGUUAAUGUGCUACAUAAAUUGUAAGGAGACUUCCCUAAUGGCAGACAGCCAGAAAUCGUCCUUAAAAGGUCGAGGUUUUGUGACUGUCCCAUACGGAAAAAAACUCAGUGUGCAUGCCUUUGGGCCCGUUCACACUAAGAAUUUUUGCCUGGAAUUUCCAAGUGUGGAAUUCACUUUACAGGAGCCUCCCGUUGCUGUCAAUAAUUCUACAAUGGAAUUUCUGCUGUGGAAAUUGUGCAGAUGAAUUUCCGUUGUGAAAGCUAGGCUACAGAAUUUCUGCUACAAAGAAUGAACAUGUUCAUUCUUUUGCAGGAAUUCUGUGGGUGCUACAUAGCUGUCAAUGGUGACAGAGCAGGUCUGCACUGUGCUAGCAACGGGAGCGCCUGCUGCCCUGAGAAUCUAUGUCCAGGAUUUGUCCAGAAGGAAAUCUUCAGUGUGAACAGAACCUUAUUUUAUUUCUUGCUCCUUUAUCUCUCUAAAAUCUCUGUUACUUGUAAUCUCACUUCUAAAUAAAC